AUGUAUUAUCGUAAUCUACAACAAUGCGUUCGACAUGGAUUACGCGUUACGAAGAUACAUAAAAUAUUACGAUUCACGCAAUCUCCAUGGUUGCGCGGAUACAUCGAACUGAACACGCAAUUGCGAACUAGCGCGAAAAACGAAUUCGAAAAAAAUCUAUACAAAUUGAUGAAUAAUGCCGUGUUUGGUAAGAUUAUGGAGAAUGUGCGCAAUCAUUCCGAUGUCCGGCUCGUGACUCGAUGGGAUGGGCGAUACGGCGCGGAGGCGAUGAUCGCGAAGCCGAACUUUCACAGCAGAAGCGUUUUCGCGGAAGAUCUCGUAGCCGUGGAAUUGCGCAAACUCGAGGUUAAAUUCAACAAACCGAUUUACGUAGGAAUGUGCAUUCUCGAUGUGUCCAAGAAUUGUUUAUACGAAUUUCACUACGAAUAUAUGUUACCGUUGUAUCGAGACAAGUGCAGGAUAAUGUACACCGACACGGAUAGUCUCAUCUAUCGCGUCGAGUGCGAGGAUAUGUACGAGGAUAUGAAGCGCGACAUCGAUAGAUUCGACACAAGCGAUUACGCGGUGGAUAAUGCAUACGGCAUAUCUCUCGCUAACAAAAAAGUGCCGGGUUUAAUGAAGGACGAGAAUAAUGGCGCGAUCAUGACGGAAUUCGUCGGGCUCAGAGCGAAGAUGUACGCGCUGCGAGUCGAAGGUAAACUCGACACGAAGAAGAUCAAGGGCGUUAAAAGCGGCGUCGUCGCGAGAACGAUAACGUUUGACGAUUACGCGCGCUGUCUGCGACGAGAGAUCGAGAUAACGCGCGAGCAGUCCUGCGUAAGAUCCAAGUUACACGAGGUGUACACAGUGUCGGAAUCGAAGAUUGCGCUCAAUCCGUACGACGACAAGCGAUACAUCGAACCCUGA